CACGCACUUGACUGCCCCUAGCUGCCCCCCACCCCCUCUCCGCAGCUUCUCUUUUCGGGAAGAAUAAGGUUUGAAGUCCGUCUUUUACCGGAGCCAAGCGGGGGCCUUAGCGGGACGAAACGACUCGACUAUGUGGAGGCAGAAUCUUGUCUCGACAUGUCUCGUUUUUCUGCUGACGUUCGCCGAAGCUUCGAGAUUUCUGAGCAAGGGAACAGCAUCGCACUUCCUGAGCCGGCGCAGGAGGGCCAACUCGCUCUUUGAGGAGCGCAAGAAGGGUGACCUGGAGAGGGAGUGCAUUGAGGAGCUCUGCAACCGGGAGGAGGCCAGGGAGAUCUUUGAGAACAUUCCCGAGACGGACUUCUUUUAUCCGAGGUAUGUUGCUUGUCUGGGCUCGCACCGCGUUGGCAUUAACAACCACAAUUCCGAUUCUGCCAUCCCGUCAGACCUUCGGACCUGCGUGAAAGAAAUCAGCAAUCAGUGCACGCCAUUUCCGUGCUACAGGGAAGGUACGGAACGUUGCGUGGACGGUCAAGCCUCUUAUAAAUGCGUGUGCAAGCCUGGCUGGAAUGGGCAAUGCUGCGAGGAAGACAUCGAUGAAUGUUCCGAUCCCAAGUUUCUGGCGGGAUGUAACCAAAAAUGUGACAACAUUCCCGGAAGCUUCCACUGCUCGUGUAAAGAUGGCUACUAUCUCAUUGACAACAUCAAAUGUGCGGAUGUCAACGAGUGCCGAAUGUAUCCGAGUAUUUGUCAAGAGCCAGCUCAAUGUGUCAACACGCCAGGCAUGUUUGAGUGUCAGUGCCCAGCAGGGUACAAAUACAACUUCACUUCCAAAAGCUGCAACGAUGUGGAUGAGUGCGCGGGGAACGUGUGCGAGGGCACGUGCGUCAACAACGUGGGCAGCUACACCUGCCGCUGCGACGGGCGGCAGCGUCUGCGCUUGGCGGACGACAAGCACACUUGUGAAAGCAUCCCGGUCUGCGUGGAGUUGCACGACUCCAAAUAUGCGGAGAUGUUGUACCUCGGGGAGCAGUUUGCGGGGCUUCCCGUCAUCUAUCUUCUCUUCCGUCUGCCAGACACGACAAAGUUUGCAGCCGAGUUUGACUUCCGCACCUUCGACCCGGAGGGAGUUAUUCUCUAUGCGGAAUCCUCCCAGGACGCCUGGUUCAUGCUGGGCCUACGAGGCGGCCAAAUCGAGGUCCAGUUUAAAAAUCAGCACACGGUAAAGGUCACCACCGGGGGCAAAGCCAUCAACGACGGACAGUGGCACGUGAUCUCCGUGGACGAACUGGAAAACAGCAUCAGCGUGAAGAUCAGCAAGGAAGCCGUCAUGAGCAUCAACAGCCCGGAGCGUCUCUUUACGGGGGUGAACGGCAAACUGGAGACCAAAGUUUACAUCGCCGGUCUCCCCACCCGCAGCAACAGUCUUGUCAGACCUAUCAACCCGCGACUCGACGGCUGCAUCCGGGGCUGGAACAUGAUGAACCAGGGAGCAUCUGGAGUGAAAGAGGCCAUCAAGGAGAAGGAAAGUAAACACUGCUACAUCCAUGUGGAGCGAGGAUCUUUUUUCACUGGCGAAGGAUCGGCACACUUCAAUCUUGACUACAGUGACUCUGAAAGCUGGAAGGUGGAUUUACGAAUGACUAUACGUCCUUCAAGCAGCACGGGCGUCCUCUUUGCUCUCGUGUCCAACAACAGGGUCCCUUUGUCGCUUGCCGUGCUAACGGAGGGCGAAUACGAUGCCAACCUGCAAGUGUUCUUGGAUGGCGUCGCGGUGGCAACGCUGGACUCCUUGCUGUUGUGUUACCCCGACCGAUUAACGGUGCUGCUGAGUGUCACGCCCACCGAGAUUUCGAUCUCGGCCAACUCUUCAAAUGUCAAGACAAUACCAAUCGAUGCCCAGCAGGAGGCACUGCAGGGCCUCAACGCCACCAUGCGGAACCCAAUCAGCACCUACAUUGGUGGGAUACCAGCUGACGUCCCGUUGGACGCCACGCCAGUGACUGCCUUUUAUCACGGCUGCAUGGAGAUCACCGUCAACGGCCAGAUGUUGGACUUUGACGAGGCCCUGAGCAAACACAACAGUAUCAAGUCCCAUUCCUGUCCUCCUGCUUCAACCAAGUGAUGCGUCUCAAGCCACAUGGAAAGUGACCUUAAUUAACACCAGCACUUGCAGUAGGUAGCGGCGUUGUUCCCUUCGUGGGAGAUUCAAAAAUUUAGCCAUGCGAGGGAGUAGGAGGGAUGAACGUAUCAAGAAGAGUUUCAAAGAUUUGGCCACACUUAUCAAUGUUUUUUUUUCCUCAUUUACUUGUGAUGUUUGACGACAGCUAGUUUGCUGGAAGCUGGAUGACGUAGUUUUUGCCUUUUGCUGCAAACAAGUAAUUCCAAGAAAUGUUGGGAGUGCAGCAAAAACGUGUUGAGCAAGAGACAGUUGGGUUCGUGACAUACGGCCCCUGAAGACCAGGCUCCGAAGCCACCUGCAGCCUGGCCUCUGUCGCUGGAUCUUUGUUGGAUUCUUCUUCUCAUCAAGUCUGAUGAGUCAGCUAUGAGGAUUAAUAACUUGAAAUAAAAGGCAAACAAAU